CGUGUAUCGACAUUACACAACACCGCCGCCAUGCCGCCACGACUGAACGUCAGCGCCUUCUCGCGCUCAAUUGCCUUCAGGCCGAAGCCCCAGGUUCAAUGGCCUGCUCGCUCUGCACUGCGAGUGGCGCCCUCGCAAACCCGCACCUACGCCGACGACAAGGCCCCUGCCCAAGACCGAUCCCACAAGCCCAGCUCCGAGCCCAUUGAGCAUGUAUCAGAGGAGGCAGCGAAGACUGCGCAGAUCAUGGGCGAGCAGGGCCCGGAUGUCAACCAGGGCACACCAGUUGAAGAUCUUGUGAAGGGCGACAAGGAAGCGCAGAAGAACCUCCCCAAGGUCAUGCAGGAUGCGCUUAAGCAGGGCAAGAAGACACCAGCACCCAAGGGCUCGCGCUCCUACUCUACCAUGACGACACGGUCGAACGAGGGAAUGGACAUGGGUCUUGUCGACUUCGAGGCUGUCUCCAAGCUGCCAGUGACUCCUGGGCUGAAGUUUGAGGCGCCGACCCUCCCUCUGCCCAAGGACGGUCACGUCAAGCACCGGUAUGACCCCGUUGUUGAGCAAGUCACCAACCUUCUCAUGCGACACGGCAAGAAGAGUGUUGCUCAACGUCAAAUGGCAGUAGUUCUCCAGCACCUCCGAACUUCACCAAUCCCUACCAUCAACCCAGCUCGCCCUCUCCUCGCUGGCGCACCGCCACCAUCACACCUUCCUUUGAACCCCGUUCUUUACCUCACACUUGCUAUCGACUCUGUCGCCCCACUCCUUCGGAUUCGCGCAAUAAAAGGUGCUGCAGGUGGUGGUAUGGCGUUGCAAAUGCCAGCUCCUCUCAGCCAGAGGCAGCGAAGAAGGACAGCUAUUCAGUGGAUCUUAGGCGCUGCUUCGAAGAGGAGGAAUACGGGAAGCGGGAAGAACAGUUUGGGACAGCGUGUUGCGCAGGAGAUGAUCUCUGUCAUUGAAGGCAAGAGUGGUGUCUGGGAUAGGCGCAAUGCUGUUCACAAGCUGGGUGUCGCUGCUCGUGCUAACAUUGUUCUGCCUAAGAGGAGAUAGAGUUGGUUAUGCUGGAGUUCGGAAAACGCUGGAUGUCUGCCAUUAUAUGGUGUAUCAUAUUGUAACAAGCAAGCAAGGAGUCAAUGCGAGCCAAUUCAAACAUCUGCAUCUCAAC